CUUAACAAGGUUAGAGAUUUGCAAUCAAAUCACCAGCUAAUUCCAUUUAAUUAAACUACUUAAUAAUUCAAACUCAACUAAACCCCAUUAUUUUAAUCAAACUUGAGAUUCAAAAAAUCCCUACAAGAAGCAUCCAUGCUACUUCACUUCUUCUGCUUCUGCUUCUAAUACUAUACUUUCAUUGCUUCUUAUUACUACCAUUUUUUCGCGAUGUAUUUUUUCUUGAGAUCUUCAAAUUAGUGUAACUGAAGAAGUUGCCUAUCUAUUUCAUCGUUCAUUGGCCCCGCCCCUUCUUAAAUUUUCAUUCAGUAGUUACAACUUAAUGAGUAAAAAGCUGCAGAUAUUAAGAGCUUUUUUAUUAAAUGCUCUUAUAGCGUUAUCUCUUUGACAACUUCUGUCAAUUUCAAGCUAUUUUUUUUUUCCGUGUUUAGUUAUGGAUUCGAAGUUGAUGAAACCAUUAUCGAAGCAAUUGAUGUUGAAGGAUUACCUGUUGGAUGAUUUGAGUUCAUGUUCAUCGAACGGUUUCCGAUCAUUUCCACGUCGGCAAUGCUGCACUACUGUUCGAUUUCUUCUCGAAAUCGACUUGAAGAACAAGUAUCAACCAGCACUACCUCCGCCACCUUCAAAGGAAAAUGCUAAGCGUAUACACCGGCCGCCAUUACCGGCGAAGGUUUCGGCGUUUCAGAAGGCUUCUGUUGCGGUGAUCAAUGCUGUCAAGCACCUACCGUUUACCGGAGUAAGAUCGACGAAGAAGAAGAAUGUGAUGAGGACAAUUUUCCCGAGGAGUAUUUCUCGGAAGCUGAAACGAAGCUUCUGGAAGAAAGGCGAUCACAAGGAGAUUUACUGGUGGACGGCGUUCAACCGGUUGGAAAAGGAGGAACUAAAAUCACCGGUAUUUUCUCCGGUUGUUACUGGAAUAGUCGCCGGAGAAUCAAACUGCUCGACGACGACGAUGACGACGGAGAGUAAGAGUAAAUGUAACAGUAACAGUAACAGCUGGUCGUCAGAUAGUGAUUUCACUGCUUCAAGUGGUGGUAAUUCGGAGGUUAAUUCGACGGAGAAGGUAAAAAACGACGUUGUUUCGAAGAAAAUAGAGGCGGAAAAUGUGAUUAGCAGCAAAAAAGAUGGCGUUAUUGACGGUGAUGUUUCUCCAGAUUCAAUCAUUAGCAGUCACGGUAGCACUUCCAACUCUCCUAAGACAAAGAAACCCUGGCCAAAUGAAGAGAAAGAACAGUUUAGUCCAGUGUCUACAUUGGAUUGUCCAUUUGAUGAUGAAGAUGAGGUCUCUUCACCCUUUCAGCAUAGAUUAACUCGUGUCGAAGGAACUACCAAGAAGCUCAUGAAGAAGGUCAAACGAUUCGAGUGUCUCACUGAACUCGAACCAUUAAACUUAGAUAAACGAAUCGCGUCAUCAGAAUCAGAGAGUGAAUCCCCACACAACAAUUCAUCCGAAACUGAAGUUGAUGAAAACAACAAAGAAAAAGAAGACGAAAAACAGACAGUUGAAAGCAUGGCACUAGAUAUGAUUCAAGAACUGAAAGCCUCAAUGCCAUCUUAUAGUUUAAAGCUAAAAGCGGAGAAAUUACUCUUUGAUUUCUUUAACGAGAAGAUCCUCAAUGCCUAUGAGGUAACAAGAGGUGAUGAAUUCAAGAACAAGGUGUUGGGAUUAGGAGAAGACUGGAUAAAUGGAAAACCAAUUGAUGUACUGUUAGAUUGGAAGGUGCAAGAAAACAGGAUGGCUUACAUUCGUGCGAUUGAAAGCCGAGGCGAGUGGAAGAACACAGAAGUGGAUCAACAAGAAGUGAUUUUGGAAUUGGAAGUUGACAUCUUUGCAACUUUGAUGAAUGAGCUCUUACUGGAUAUCAUCUUCAGCUAGCAAAGUGGAAUGGUAAUAACAUAGCAUAGUUGUUAACAGGGAGUUUAGGAGGGAAAUAGGGAAACAUCAUGUUCAAUUCUCAAGGUUGUUUUUGUCAUUCAGUGGCUUGCAGAAGAGAAUAUUGGCUUAGCUAGAAUGAUUGAGACCACCUUGUCGAAAUAGCUUAUGAAUUUUGAAUUGGAGUUGUUAGUGUUGAUCUCAUUCUUUUUUCUCUUCCUUGGAGAAAAAUGGAUGUUGAAAUGUUGGAUUUAGAUGAGAACUUUGGUUGUACUCCAUUUCUGGAUCAAGUUAUGAUAAAUUCUAGUUGAUCACUAGCAUUAGCAAAUGUCUUUCUUUUUUAUCCCAUCUUAUGAGAAGGUCAUUUAGAUAGUGAAUGUUAAC